UUCACCUAACCAUCAGAUCUGAAUUUUCCAACUAAGAAUAAAAAUAAAAUAAAAUAAAAUCUUAAGAUAUAGUUCUAUAUAUCAGAUUCAGACCAGAUCUCUCUGUGUAAUAUCUUCAUAUCUGUCUCUCCUUCCUACACAAUGGAUGAAAAGCUAGUAAAGAAGAGAAGGAUAGUGUUGGUUCCACUACCAGCACAAGGACAUGUCACUCCUAUUAUGCAACUUGGGAAAGCGCUUUACUCUAAAGGCUUCUCCAUCACUGUCUUUCAGACACAGUAUAAUCGUGUUUCCUCUUCCAAAGACUUCUCUGACUUUCACUUUCUCACCAUCCCAGGUAGUUUAACAGAGACUGAUCUCAAGAACCUCGGACCACUCCAGUUUGCGACGAAGCUCAAUCAAGUCUGCGAGGCAAGCUUCAAGCAAUGUUUAGGUCAGCUACUGAAGGAACAAGGUGACGAUGAUGAGGUUGCUUGUGUCGUCUACGACGAGUACAUGCAUUUCUCAAACGCCGCGGCUAAGGAGUUUCGGCUUCCUAGUGUUGUCUUCAGUACUACUUGUGCUACCGCCUUUCUAUGCCGCUCUGUAAUUGCCAAAGUCAACGUAGAUAAGUUCUUGACUGACAUGAAAGAUCUUGAACUGCAAGACAAGCUGUUUCCAGGGUUGCAUCCCUUAAGGUACAAGGACCUACCAACUUCAGCUUUCGGACCAAUAGAGAGUAUCCACAGGCUUUACAGUGAAAUUGUUAACACUGGAACGGCUUCAGCUGUUAUCAUCAAUACAGCAAACUGUCUAGAGAGCACGUCUUUGGCACGGUUGCAACGAGAGCUACAAAUUCCUGUGUAUCCAAUAGGCCCGCUUCACAUUGCAGCUUCUGCACCUUCUAGUUUACUUGAAGAGGACAGAAGCUGCAUCGAGUGGUUGAACAUGCAAAAACCAAGAUCAGUUCUAUACAUAAGCUUAGGAAGCUUAGCUCUAAUGGAAACCAAAGACACGUUGGAGAUGGCUUGGGGGUUGAGAAACAGCAACCAACCUUUCUUGUGGGUGAUCCGACCCGGUUCUAUUCCGGGUCCCGAGUGGACAGAGUCUUUACCAGAGGAGUUCAGCAAGCUGGUCUCAGAGAGAGGCUACAUUGUUAAAUGGGCCCCGCAGAUGGAAGUUCUCAGACAUCCUGCGGUAGGAGGGUUUUGGAGUCACUGUGGAUGGAACUCAACUCUAGAGAGCAUUGGGGAAGGUGUUCCAAUGAUAUGUAGGCCUUUUACUAGUGAUCAGAAAGUCAAUGCUAGGUACUUAGAGAGUGUUUGGAGUGUUGGGUUUCAACUGGAGGGAAAGCUUGACAAAGAAGAUGUGGAGAGAGCUGUGAAGAGGUUGCUUGUGGAUGAAGAAGGAGAAUAUAUGAGGAAGAGAGCUAUUGAGUUGAAAGAGAAGCUUGAAUCCUCUGUUAGAAGUGGAGGUUCCUCAUGCUGCUCAUUAGAUUACUUUGUCAAUUUCUUAAGGAUGAAAAGUUCCAUAUAG